AUGGGCGCCAUCGUCUGUAUCAACGGCUGCAAUGCCAACGUCUUGAUCCCGCUCCACUACAAACACAUGGUCAUCCCACCUCUUACAUUUAGUGCUAAAAACCUAGAUACAACUAAACCAGGUAUCCUGGAUGUCAGAGAUGUUCUAGAUGAUCCCAUGGCAAAGGAGAACCUUGCCACUGUCAUACCGAUUGAGCGUGCCAGCUGCAGAUUACUGUUCGUAGUGUCAGAAGAUGACAGAAACUGGAACAGUGCCUAUUACGCAGAGCAAGCUUGCAAUAGACUCAAGGAACAUGGAAGAACAAACUAUGAAGUGGUGAGCUAUCCAAAAGCAGGGCACUUUUUGGAAGUUCCUUACAUGCCCCAUCAUCCAUCUGGGAUCCACCCUGCUGUGGGUAAAGAGGUUGCUUUUGGUGGAGAGCCGAUAGUCCAUGCAGAUGCACAAGUUGAUGCAUGGAGAAGAGUGCAGGAAUUUUUCAGAAAACACUUACAGGGUCUCAGUGGUCCUCUUAAAUCAUCACUUUAG